AUGUACCCCCUCCUCAUCUCCUGCUUGCUUCUGUCGUUGAUGCUUCAGGCGCGGGUCUCAGCCGAGAAGAAAGUAAACACCUCUCUCUCUUUCUCUCUAGGCGCACCGUGUCCUCCGUUCUUCGUUCUUUCUUCGAAUUCCGGAGGACUGACUGGUUUCUUCGAUGCGCUGGGAGGAGCAGUCUUAUGUUGUAUACCUCGGAAGGCAUUUCCAUGGCCCCGAUGCCUCACCGGAGGACUACGAGAGGGCGAGGAGCAAUCACCACAGCCUCCUCGGGGCUAUCAUGGGAGAGUGAAGACCUCUCUCUCUCUCUCUCUCUCUCUCUCUCUCUCUCUCUCUCUCUCUCUCUCUCUCUCUCUCUCUCUCUCAAUCUCGCUCUCUACUCCAUCCGAGCCUCUCUGCAGAAGACGAGGUAGUAGCUAGGCUGAGACUCUUCUUCUGACCACGGUUUCCGGUUCUCACUGAAGCGAAGAGAAUGCCGGGGAGUCGAUCAUCUACUCGUACACGAACAGCAUCAAUGGAUUCGCCGCAAACCUCGACGAGGAGCAGGCCAGGGAGAUCGCAGGUGAGACGAUGGCCUCAUCGGAUGCUCGUUCCUUCCUUCCUUUUUUGGAAUUCACUGAUCUUCUUCUUAUUUCCCUGUCUCCUCUGCGCAGAGAAACCUGGGGUCAUCUCUGUGUUUCCCAACACUCUGUGGCAGCUGCAGACGACAAAAUCCUGGGAGUUUAUGGGCCUCGAGAAGGAUGGUGUGAUCCCCCCCUCCUCAAUCUGGGCCAAGGCGAGAUUUGGCGAGGAUGUGAUCAUCGGGAGCCUUGAUUCUGGUCCUCUCUCUCUCUCUCUAUCACACGCACACACACACACAAAUCGAUGUCAGGAAAUGACGGGUUCUAUGCCCAUUCUAGUCUAGAACCCGUGCUGGAGCCGUAAGAAGAAGGUCAGUAGCGCCAUUCAAUAGUUUCCCCUUUUUAAGGAAUCAACAUCCUCACUGAGCAAGAACCAUGCAUGGUUUGAUGAUGAAAAGGAUUACUGUAUCCAAGUGGUGCCCAAGCCAAAAGAUGCUGGUUGUUGGACAAUUGAGAACUCGCAUGUUUAUAAAUGACAGAAUGAGUAAUAUUUUCUAAUUUUCCUAGGUGGGUGGGUUCACAAUUAUUCACAAAAAAUAAUAAUUUCUAUGUGCUUUUGUUCUUGACAACGAGAUAUAUGCCCUCCAAAAGAUUCAACUGGAGCAUUAUUUUUCGGCAUCUUUGGGUUAAAUUUUUUUGUCUUUGUGUUCUUGAGACCGUCCCAGGUGUGUGGCCCGAGUCCGUGAGCUUCAGAGACGAGGGCAUCGGACCGGUCCCGGCAAGGUGGCAGGGAUCCUGUGAAGGGCAAGAUGUCCCCUGCAACAGGUGAAAGGACCUUCUCUUCUCUGCACUCCGUAUCUUCCACAAUUUGCGCAGAUUUCCAUUUUUUUCGUCCAAUGGAGUAGGCGGGUUGCAGAGAAAUGUGCUCGUAUUGAUUUCGGGGGCGGUUGCAGGAAGCUGAUCGGGGCAAAGUCCUUCAGCAAGGGUCUUCCGGAAGGGAGCCGCUUCGGCUCCGCCCGGGACUUCGACGGCCAUGGCACCCACACUCUCUCCACCGCCGCCGGCCGCCUCGUCGCCGGCGCCAACUUGUUCGGCCUCGCCAAUGGCACCGCCAAGGGAGGCUCCCCCGCAGCCCGGGUCGCCGCCUACAAGGUCUGCGGACUCACCGGGUGCUCCGACGCCGACAUGCUCGCCGGCUUCGACGCCGCAAUCCACGACGGGGUCGAUGUGAUUUCGGUGUCCAUUGGAAGCACCGCCCCCGACUUCUUCGCCAACUCCGUCGCCAUCGGCUCGUUUCACGCCGUGGAGAGGGGCAUCGCCGUCGUGUGCGCCGCCGGGAACAUUGGGCCCGAGCCGUACUCGGUGCGCAAUUCGGCGCCAUGGAUAUUGACGGUGGCUGCGGGUUCCGACGGCCGCGCCUUCACCUCCCGCGUCUCUCUCGGCAAUGGGGAGCACGUCGAGGUCAGUGGGCGGAUGUUGUUGUUCCAUUCGGCUUCUGAUCUUUCCCCUUGAUCCUCCUUUCGGCAUUCUUUUCUUUGAAAAUCUUCCCGGCGGUGUUCAUAUGAUCCUGCAAUCGGAUGUCAGGGACUGAGCCUCGCCUCAGGACGCCUCCCUCCCAAGGAUUUCUACCCAAUCAUUGUUUCCACAGAUGCUAAAGUUUCCAGCGCGAGUACAGAACAAGCGUAAGGACUUGCGAUGAUUAUAGUCCACUCAAUUGCUGUUCAUAUAUGAUUUUUCGGACGAUUUUGUUCAACGGCAUCAUACUUAUAUUCCACUCAAUUCCUGUUUAUCCUUUUGUUUUCAUGAUCUCGGAAGUCUGAGACCAAAGUUUCUAUCUUCCCAUGUCAUUUACUUCAACAAAGUUCGCAUUUUUAGGGGUGUUUUUCAUCUGGGUUUACAUGAAAUUUUAGGCAACUUUGCUACCUUGGAUCUCUUGAGCCGGAGAAGGUGAAGGGGAAGAUUGUCGUCUGCCUUCGCGGGGACGACGAUAAAAUGGGCAAGGUCCACGCAGUUUCUGAGGCCGGUGGCAUUGGAGCGAUCCUUGUAAAUGAUGCCUCGUCUGGUAGAUAUCUCACAGCAGUCCCUUAUAUGAUUCCUGCUGUUCAUGUCAGUUACGACUCUGGCACUGUCAUCUUCUCCUACCUCAACUCUACACAGUAAGACUCUGGCUUCUGUUUCAGUAAAACAUUUUUCCUAUGAUGUGGUGAUUAAUCUUAAGUUUGAUUAACCAUAGGCAGCUGUUCUAGUUAUUUAUCUCUAUGAUAUCAUAUCUACUAAGCCCUGUCGUGGUAUCUCAGCUAGCUCGCUGUUAUCUUGACAUUACUCUCUAUGAGGUAAAUACUCUGAAUACUUUCUAUUCAGAGUAGUAUUUACUAUAUAUACCUGCGUGGAUAUUGAACAAAGUUGGAAGUGGGGAAUAUGAUAGACACAACCUGAACCAACUGUCUAAGUUUAGGCAAAUAAUUUAAUGUUUUGAACAUAUAAUGACACAAAAUAAUACGGUUUGAGGCUCUGUUAUCUCUCUUAUGGAUUUAUUCCAGAUUUAUCAUAAUCUGAUGCCGGCGAAUACCUAGAUUUUCAUGUCAGGGAAGACCAUCUGACCAGAAAGAAUGUGAACAUUUUAUUACAAUUUGAUGCAGAUUAUGUGAUAGCCUUUCCGAUCCAUUACAAAAGAGUCAAAACCAUAAGGGCGACUUCCAGAUAAAGCUAUUUAUUUCUGUAUGUCAUGAAAAUAUCAGAUCGUAAAACACACCCAAAAAGGGUUUUAGGGUUACUUUAAUUGCUGAACCUUCCUAGUUAUCAGGGUAAUGGAGCACAUUUAUCCUUUCUGACCCUUCAAAGGAACACUUUAGGGUUCAGGUGCAUACAGACUGUUAAAACUUUCUAAUUUAAACCAUCUGGGCCAUAUUUAUCUCAAAAAUUAUCUGCUGUGCAAAUAUCUUCCUGCACGUAACUGUUGUACUUUUUCUCAAAAAUAUCAAAAAUAAAAUAUCUGCGAUCUUUCUACCAGAAUUAUCUCAAAUCAUAAGCGUUCAUUGUGUAUUUAACAGCAUAGGGCUUUAUGAGAUUUAUUCUUUGAUUUUAUUUAGGACCCUUCUCUCAUUCUGGGGGUUAUAUUUUUUUUAUCCUGCAUUCUUCCAAACCUUCUUUAAAAGACACAAUCUUUACCUAUCAUAAAUGCAUUGUCUAGACCCGAGAUUAAAUCACUCCCGAGAGAAGCUGCAUUCUAAUACUUCCGGACAUAAUAGUUAUGGACUGUAUGAACCCCUCAUUGCUUUGUUUCGCUGAAAACAAUUUUUUCCCUUCACAAUCGUUAUUUAAGGUUUGCCCAUUUAAAAAACUAUAAUAAAUUCACCAUAUUCCAGUUAGAGUUUUUUUUUUUUUUUCUAGUCCUACUAAAGAACAAUAAUUAUCCACUGAUUUACAGGUCACCUGUAGGACGUAUUGGUGCACCAACAUCGCACUACCAUUUGAAAGAAGCUCCAUAUGUGGCCUCAUUUUCAUCAAGAGGACCCACUUUUGUUUCCCCUCAGAUCCUCAAGGUUUCCAACCUCUGAAUCCUUUCUUCUGCAACUCGUGCUUUGAUGAGCUCUGUUCUUCACAAUUCUCUGCUCCAUCAUUUGCAGCCUGAUAUCCUUGCACCAGGCGUAGAUAUUCUCGCUGCUUAUUCUCUAGGUGUAGCCCCGACCUUUGCAGAAGCUGAUACUCGGCGUGUUGCCUUCAAUAUCAUAUCCGGCACCUCGAUGGCCUGCCCGCAUGUUUCCGGCGUGGUCGGGCUUCUCAAAAUGCUUCAUCCUCAGUGGAGCCCUGCUGCGGUCAAAUCUGCUAUCAUGACUACUGGUACGUUUUAUGCAUUUAAAUCUGCUAUAUUCGAACAGUUUUUUAGAGUAAAGAAGAAUGAUCUCCAUCAGGUUUGAUGGUGUUAUUCAAAAUUUUGAUCUAGUUACUAGUCAAUCAUCCUACUAUAUGAGAUGGCUUUAUCUACUGCUUGAAUCUGGGUCUCAUCAUCUGCAUAUUCAGAGGAUUAAACUGAAGAACAACGAAGUAUUUCCUCAAAGGAUUGUUGAUAUUAGCCCAGAAUUUUCCCAAUCAUGAGACCCAAUUCUUUUUAGCUAAACCAGGAACGACAAUGCUUGUUUUGUUCCUUCCAUGGCCGCAUUUUCUGGAUUAGCUGACUUCGCCGGCGAUGAUUUGCUUCACUUCACAGGCUUUGCUUCUCUUCCCUCUAACAGCGAGUACUCGGUACAAAGGCGGGAAGGUCAUCAAGGACCAGUCCACCGGAAGAGCCGCCACUCCGCUGGACUACGGAUCCGGUCACAUUCAUCCCAACCAGGCGAUGGACCCCGGCUUGGUUUACGACCUCGGCGCCCGCGACUACUUCAACUUUCUCUGCGCCAUCGGCUACAACCCGGACGAGAUCCCCGUCUACGCUGUCGGCAACUCCUCAUGCCCAGCGGUGCCGAUGAAGCUCGAGGAUCUCAACUACCCGUCAAUUACCGUCCACAAUCUCACAAACCCGAUCACCAUCACCCGUACCGUGAAGAACGUCGGAAAACCUGGCGCAUACCAAGCGCUGGUCAGGCCGCCUCCUGGAGUCUCCGUCUCAGUGGAGCCAAAGAUCCUGACGUUUUCGAGGAUCGGCGAGGAGAAGACCUUCCAGGUGACGAUGGAGAAGCAGGGAGAGGAUCUCGGCCCUUCUGUUUUCGGGCAGCUGACGUGGUCUGACGGGAAGCACAGAGUGAGGAGCCCCCUCAGUGUGGUCAACGUGCCGGGUGAGUUCGAGCCAGUCUUCACUCUGCCAUACUCUCCUCUGGGCAUCAAGCUUCGAGCAUAG